AUGCAUCAAAUCAGGCGUAGUUGGAACGAUUUUUUGCACAGUUACGGUGAGAUCGAACGCAAUUUUAUCGUCAAUGAGCACGACGAGAGAAACUAUUGGAGGGUUGAACAUUCAUCAUUGGCAAAUGUCAAGACUUGCACUUUUUCUCUUUGCAUAAUUAAUUCGGUCAAGCUUUUUGCUAUCACCGAAAAAAAAACUCCAUUAACAGCUGAACUUUCACUCGUUAUUGUUGUUGGCCGCGCUUGUUCGCGCACUUCAUAUCAUUAA